ACAAGACCACAGACUGGAGAGAGACCAGAGACACCAAUAGCUGGGAAGAGACCAGUUGUUUAUACCAAAAUAGCUUGUGUGAGAUGUUCGGCCUUGACCUGUUGAACCAAGGUCGGAUCCGGCGAACGAAUUUCCUCCGUACUGUUGAGCGACACAUUGAGCAGCUAAAGCAGAGAGGACGGACACAUUUCUCAGCGGAUCUUCUUCUGAGUCCCUACACGCACACCGCUGAGUCAGCUUUCAUUUUUUCUCCUGUCACCCAAGAUUUGCCAACUGACACCCAAUAUUUGCCAGCUGUCACCCAAGAUUUGCCUACUGACACCCAAGAUUUGCCUACUGACACCCAAGAUUUGCCUACUGACACCCAAUAUUUGCCUAUUGACACCCAAGAUUUGCCUACUGACACCCAAGAUUUGCCUACUGACACCCAAGAUUUGCCUAACGUUACAUUAACUAAUCAUUCACGAGACGAAUUUUUCUUGCAUGAACAAUUUUUUUCGAAGAUUUUGAGCAAGGAGUUUUCACGAAGUGGUGUACCAGACAUUGCAAAACUUGACUCACACGUAGGAGAGUUCAAAUCAGAGACCACCUGUUGCAGUGGUGUAAACAAUCAUUUAAAUAAAGAAGAUUUAGAUCAAAAUGGCAAUUCUAUACGUUUAGAGGAAAAACAAACAGAAAAUGUAGAACAAACUACCUUACAAACUGAAGAUGUAGAACAAACUACCUUACAAACGGGAGAUGUAGAACAAACUACCUUACAAACAGAAGAUGUAGAACAAACUACCUUACAAACAGAAGAUGUAGAAGAAACUACCUUACAAAUAGAAGAUGUAGAACAAACUACCUUACAAACAGAAGAGGUAGAACAAACUACCUUACAAACUGAAGAUGUAGAACAAACUACCUUACAAACAGAAGAUGUAGAACAAACUACCUUACAAACAGAAGAUGUAGAACAAACUACCUUACAAACAGAACAUGUAGAAGAAACUACCUUACAAAUAGAAGAUGUAGAACAAACUACCUUACAAACAGAAGAGGUAGAACAAACUACCUUACAAUCUGAAGAUGUAGAACAAACUACCUUACAAACAGAAGAUGUUGAACAAACGUCCUUACAAACAGAAGAUGUAGAACAAACUACCUUACAAACAGAAGAGGUAGAACAAACUACCUUACAAACAGAAGAUGUAAAACAAACUACCUUACAAACAGAACAUGUAGAAGAAACUACCUUACAAACAGAAGAGGUAGAACAAACUACCUUACAAACAGAAGAGGUAGAACAAACUAUCAUACAAACAGAAGAGGUAGAACAAACUAUCAUACAAACGGGAUAUCUAGAACUAUUUAGCUUACAAACAGAAGAUGUUCAGCAAAUUACUUUACAAACAGAAGAUGUAGAACAAACUACCUUACAAACAGAAGAAGUUGAACAAACUACCUUACAAACGGAUGAUAUAAAACAAUCUUCCUUACAAACAAAAGAUGUAGAACAAACUACCUUACAAACUGAAGAUGUAGAACAAACUACCUUACAAACAGAAGAUGUAGAACAAACUAUCAUACAAACGGGAGAUGUAGAACUAACUAACUUACAAACAGAAGAUGUUCAGCAAAUUACCUUACAAACAGAAGAUGUUGAACAAACGUCCUUACAAACAGAAGAUGUAGAACAAACUACCUUACAAAUAGAAGAUGUAGAACAAACUACCUUACAAACAAAAGAUGUAGAACAAACUACCUUACAAACAGAACAUGUAGAAGAAACUACCUUACAAACAGAACAUGUAGAACAAACUACCUUACAAACUGAAGAUGUAGAACAAACUACCUUACAAACAGAACAUGUAGAAGAAACUACCUUACAAACAGAAGAUGUAGAACAAACUACCUUACAAACAGAACAUGUAGAAGAAACUACCUUACAAACAGAACAUGUAGAACAAACUACCUUACAAACUGAAGAUGUAGAACAAACUACCUUACAAACAGAACAUGUAGAAGAAACUACCUUACAAACAGAAGCUGUAGAAGAAACUACCUUACAAAUAGAAGAUGUAGAACAAACUACCUUACAAACAGAAGAUGUAGAACAAACUACCCCACAAACAGAACAUGUAGAAGAAACUACCUUACAAAUAGAACAUGUAGUACAAACUACCUUACAAACAGAAGAUGUAGAACAAACUACCCCACAAACAGAACAUGUAGAAGAAACUACCUUACAAAUAGAAGAUGUAGAACAAACUACCUUACAAACAGAAGAUGUUCAGCAAACUACCUUACAAACAGAAGAUGUAGAACAAACUACCUUACAAACUGAAGAUGUAGAACAAACUACCUUACAAACAGAAGAUGUAGAACAAACUACCUUACAAACAGAAGAUGUAGAACAAACUACCUUACAAAGAGAAGAUGUAGAACAAACUACCUUACAAACAGAACAUGUAGAAGAAACUACCUUACAAAUAGAAGAUGUAGAACAAACUACCUUACAAACAGAAGAGGUAGAACAAACUACCUUACAAUCUGAAGAUGUAGAACAAACUACCUUACAAACAGAAGAUGUUGAACAAACGUCCUUACAAACAGAAGAUGUAGAACAAACUACCUUACAAACAGAAGAGGUAGAACAAACUACCUUACAAACAGAAGAUGUAAAACAAACUAUCAUACAAACGGGAUAUCUAGAACUAACUAGCUUACAAACAGAAGAUGUUCAGCAAAUUACUUUACAAACAGAAGAUGUAGAACAAACUACCUUACAAACAGAAGAAGUUGAACAAACUACCUUACAAACGGAUGAUAUAAAACACUCUUCCUUACAAACAAAAGAUGUAGAACAAACUACCUUACAAACUGAAGAUGUAGAACAAACUACCUUACAAACAGAAGAUGUAGAACAAACUAUCAUACAAACGGGAGAUGUAGAACUAACUAACUUACAAACAGAAGAUGUUCAGCAAAUUACCUUACAAACAGAAGAUGUUGAACAAACGUCCUUACAAACAGAAGAUGUAGAACAAACUACCUUACAAAUAGAAGAUGUAGAACAAACUACCUUACAAACAAAAGAUGUAGAACAAACUACCUUACAAACAGAACAUGUAGAAGAAACUACCUUACAAACAGAACAUGUAGAACAAACUACCUUACAAGCUGAAGAUGUAGAACAAACUACCUUACAAACAGAACAUGUAGAAGAAACUACCUUACAAACAGAAGAUGUAGAACAAACUACCUUACAAACAGAAGAGGUAGAACAAACUACCUUACAAACAGAAGCUGUAGAAGAAACUACCUUACAAAUAGAAGAUGUAGAACAAACUACCUUACAAACAGAAGAUGUAGAACAAACUACCCCACAAACAGAACAUGUAGAAGAAACUACCUUACAAAUAGAAGAUGUAGAACAAACUACCUUACAAACAGAAGAUGUAGAACAAACUACCUUACAAACAGAACAUGUAGAAGAAACUACCUUACAAAUAGAAGAUGUAGAACCAUCUACCUUACAAACAGAAGAUGUUCAGCAAACUACCUUACAAACAGAAGAUGUAGAACAAACUACCUUACAAACAGAAUAUGUUCAGCAAAGUACCUUACAAACAGAAAUUAUAGUUCAAACUAACUUACAAACAGAAGAUGUAGAACAAACUACCUUACAAACAGAAAUUAUAGUACAAACUAACUUACAAACAGAAGAUGUAGAACAAACUACCUUACAAACAGAAGAUGUAGAACAAACUACCUUACAAACAGAAGAUUUAGAACAAACUACCUUACAAACACAAUAUGUAGAACAAACUACCUUACAAACAGAAGAUGUAGAACAAACUACCUUACAAACAGAAGAUGUAGAACAAACUACCUUACAAACUGAAGAUGUAGAACAAACUACCUUACAAACAGAAUAUGUUCAGCAAACUACCUUACAAACAGAAAUUAUAGUUCAAACUAACUUACAAACAGAAGAUGUAGAACAAACUACCUUACAAACAGAAGAUGUUCAGCAAACUACCUUACAAACAGAAAUUAUAGUACAAACUAACUUAAAAACAGAAGAUGUAGAACAAACUACCUUACAAACAGAAGAUGUAGAAGAAACUACCUUACAAACAGAAGAUGUAGAACAAACUACCUUACAAAUAGAAGAUGUAGAACAAACUACCUUAAAAACAGAAGAUGUAGAACAAACUACCUUACAAACAGAAGAUGUAGAACAAACUACCUUACAAACAAAAGAUGUAGAACAAACUACCUCACAAACAGAAGAUGUAAAACAAACUACCUUACAAACCGAAGAGGUAGAACAAACUAUCACACAAACGGGAGAUCUAGAACUAACUAGCUUACAAACAGAAGAUGUUCAGCAAAUUACCUUACAAGCAGAAGAUGUAAAACAAACUAACUUACAUACAGAAGAUGUAGAACUAACUAGCUUACAAACAGAAGAUGUUCAGCAAAUUACCUUACAAGCAGAAGAUGUUCAGCAAAUUACCUUACAAGCAGAAGAUGCAAAUGGUGAAGAUGUGGUCGAUUCAGGUAACAUAGUAGAAGACACAACAGACCAUGGCACAUUGAACAACACAGACACAGACAAAAAGCUAUGGCUUCUCAACGUUUUUAGAGCUGUUUGUCAUGUUCUUUCAAAUCCUGAGAUGCCAUUUCUUGGAUGACAAGUGAGAUGCCAUUUCUUGGAUGACAACAACUGAGAUGCCAUGUCUAGCAAGAACCUUUGUUUUGCUGUAUUUGACACAUAGCAUUAUAUGUUCCUUCUGUAUGUUAUUUCUGUGUAUGUUUCUUCUAAAACAGCAAAUUUUACUGUAGUAAAAGCUUUUGAGUCAUGAAACAUGUUAUGUAAUUUAACAUAAAUUGAGAAUAAAAUAUAUAUUUUCUAUCAGUACUAAGAAUUAAGGACCACCUUCUCAUAAUAUUCUAAUUAAAAAUUUGAUAUUUGAAAAAUAAAAAUGAGAAUUGAAUAAUGUUGUUUACUUAUAAUCUCUGGCACUGAUUGUAUAGUUAUAAUAGUACUAUGAAAUAAAGUAGAAUGUGUGAACCUACUGAUUCAAUAGUGAACUUUGGCUAAUAGAAUUAAAACAGUGUAACAAUAUCUCAGUCUCUGUACAGUAAAAUUAGGAACAUUACUUUCAUGUAGUAAAAUGUAGGAACAUUACUUUCAUGUAGUAAAAUGUAGGAACAUUACUUUCAUGCGGUAA